AUGACAGAGACUAGUCGAGCUCGGCCUGAUUUUGCUUUUUCUUCUUCAACCCCAAGCCGGUCGUUGAGCGAUGACUCUGAGAAACAGGUAGACUUGGAUUCUCUGCCCGUAGAGAAAAGGGGAAAACACGCCGACAUCGACAUCGACGAUGGCCAUAGCCAUAGCCAGUCACCACAGACGAUCGAGCAAGCCCCGGCUCCGAUUGACUGGUCACAACAUACUCUGCGCAAGAGACCAUGGCGGCCACGGGUGACGGAGUUCGCGAAGAUUGCCGACCACAAAUAUCGCGGCAGUGGCACUCCCGCGGACCCUUAUAUCGUGCAAUGGCUGGACGACGACCCCGAGAACCCGAUCAGCUACAACGUCGGGCUGAAAGUCGGCAUCACGGGCCUGGUCGCGUUCAUGACGCUGUGCGUGUCGCUGGCCUCGAGCGCGUACACGGGCGCGGCGAAGCACGUCAUCCACGACUUCCACUGCAGCGAAGAGGUGUUUCUGCUCGGCCUGAGUUUCAUGGUGCUCGGCUUCGCCGUGGGCCCGCUGGUGUGGGCGCCGCUGUCCGAGGCCGUGGGGAGACGGCACAUCGUGCUGGUCAGCUUGUUGUUCUACAUCCUCUGGACGGCCGUGUGUGCGGCGGCCCAGAACAUCGCCACCUUGAUCGUCUUCCGCUUCUUCUGCGGCACCAUCGGCUCCGCCGUCUUCGUCAUUCCCGGCGGCCAGAUCGCCGAUCUGUGGGAGGCCGACCAGCGAGGCGUCGCCAUGGCUGCGUUUUCCGCCGCGCCGUUCCUGGGCCCGUCGCUGGGGCCCGUCGUGGGAGGCUUCUUGAGCGACGCCGCCGGCUGGCGCUGGGUGUUUGGUCUGCUGGCCCUGUAUGCUGCGGCGCUGACUGUUUUGGGCAUGGUCUUCGUGCCGGAAACAUAUGCCCCCGUGUUGCUGCGCAAACGCGCGCAGCUGUUGUCCAAAGUCACCGGCAAAUCCUACAUGACUCGCAUCGACCUGGAACAUCCGCUGGACUUGCACGAGGUCGUGCGGAAAUCGUUGGCUCUUCCUUGGGCCUUGCUGUUUCGGGAACCCGUGGUCUUGCUUCUCACUAUCUAUAUGGCCGUCAUCUACGGCACUCUGUACCUCUGCUUUGCCGCCUUCCCCAUCGUCUUUCAAGAAGGUCGCGGCUGGAAUGCCGGCGUAGGCGGCCUGGCCUUUCUCGGAAUGAUGGUCGGGCUGUUCAUCGGCAUCGCCAUCAUCGUCUACGACAACAAACGCUACCUCCGGCUGCACAAGGCAACCGGCGGCUUCGCGCCGCCAGAGUCUCGGCUGCCUCCGGUCAUCCUGGGCGGAGUGUUCGCCAUCGUCGGGCUCGCCUGGUUCGCCGCAACCACGUCCCCGAGCGUGCAUUGGAUCGUGCCGAUUUUGGCGGGCGUGCCUUUUGGGACGGGCUUCCUGCUGAUUUUCAUGGCCUGUGCGAAUUACCUCAUUGAUUCGUACGUCAUCUACGCCGCCUCUGUCAUGGCCGCAAACUCGAUCCUGCGGUCAGCGUUUGGCGCCAUCUUCCCUCUCUUCACCACUUACAUGUACCGCAAUCUCGGCAUCCAUUGGGCCUCCGCCGUCCCAGGCUUCAUCGCCCUCGCCUGUUUCCCGUUUCCCAUCUUCUUCUACAAGUAUGGCGAGGCCAUCCGGCGGAAAUGCAAGUACUCGGCCCAGGCGGCCCGGUUUCUGGACAGUCUCCGGAGCGACCUCGAGAGGCAGCGGUCACGGGCGGAAUCGGGCGCAGCUGAUGAAGAUAAAGAAGGAACCCGGUCCCGGAAUCUGAAGAUCGAGCUGGAGGAAUGA